UAGAACUUUACAUCGAUUACGCUCCGACUAAAUAAUUGUUAUCUUUGACUAUGGGAAAGUGUUGUGUCUUUGGUAUCUAGACUCCUGAACUUCCUUUUUCCUGUGUAUGUAGCGAAAGUGCGUGUGAAACACGUUGAAUGGUGAAGUUUAUAUCGGAGCAAUGGUGCGCAUGAAUGUUUUGAGUGAUGCUCUCAAGUCAAUCAAUAAUGCUGAGAAGAGAGGUAAAAGGCAGGUCUUAAUCAGGCCUUGCUCCAAAGUCAUAGUGAAGUUCUUGACUGUCAUGAUGAAGCAUGGUUACAUUGGAGAAUUUGAAAUAGUGGAUGACCAUCGCGCUGGGAAAAUUGUAGUUAAUCUUACUGGAAGAUUAAAUAAAUGUGGUGUCAUAUCGCCUAGGUUUGACGUACCAAUCAAUGAUAUUGAGAAGUGGACGAAUAAUCUGCUCCCAUCUCGACAGUUCGGGUAUGUGGUACUAACUACUAGUGGAGGAAUAAUGGAUCAUGAAGAAGCGAGGAGAAAACAUCUUGGAGGGAAGAUAUUGGGUUUCUUUUUUUAAUGAACUGUGACUUGUGUCAAUAAAUUUGUUCCCAUAAA